AUGGAGGCUGAGGGAUGCGGCGUCACCGGCGUGAGAAUGGAGGUUGAGGGAUGCGGCGUGCGGUGGUGUGAGAAUGGAGGCUGCGGGCAAAACCCCGUCAGGCAUUCCUUCCUAAUACAGAAUUGGUUGAGGACUAAGGAUCUCGGGUGGGUUGCUGGGCUUUCUUCUCUACAAGUCCUAGUCCUGUCCAGAGUGAACCUUACAGAUGCUCAAGAUGGGUUACAGUCAGUUAACAUGCUUCCUUCACUAACAACACUAGACUUGAAUAGUUGUGAUCUUUUCAUCCAUCCUCAUCUUUCACAUUUCAAUUUCACAUCUCUUGCUUUCCUUGACCUCGGUGGAAAUAAUUUCAACAACUACACGGUCCCUCCUUGGCUCCGUAAUCUUACUGGCCUCCAUGAUCUUCGUCUUGCUGACCUUUUUGCGAAACUCCGAGAGCUGAAGUCACUGGGCCUAUCCAGAAACUCACUCGCUCUGAACGUACUAUCCCUGAAGACUUGGCAAGUCGGAAAAUUUAAAUUAUCCAACAAUCUUUUGUCCGGAAGAGUUCCUCUGUGUCUAGGAAACUUGCGAGGCCUGGGGAUCCUAAACUUGGCAAAUAACAGUCUAUUCGGUCAAAUUCCGAGUUCACUGGGUAACUUGUGGCAACUUUCUACUCUGCAUUUGAAUGGAAAUAAAUUCGUUGGGAAGCUCCCUACCUCAAUGCAGCAUCUGAGAUAUUUGCAAGCUCUUGAUCUCGGUGACAAUGGACUAAAGGAUACUAUAUCAGCUUGGAUUGGGGAAAAGUUAUCAUAUUUAAGGUUUCUAAGAUUUCAGUUAAAUGACUUCCACGGACCUAUUUCUGAUACACUCUGCCAACUCUCAUAUCUCCGAAUGGAGGUUUGGGCAUUUAUCCACGAGAAAGCCUUCAAGACAAUAAGGGAGGAAGAAGUUGAGUAUUACUCAUGGGACCUUCUACUUGUUAAAUCCAUAAGCCUUUCAGCAAAUAAUUUAGUUGGCGAGAUCCCUGAUGAGAUAAUGGAGCUGGAUCCCCAAGAAGAUUGGCAACUUGAAACACUUGAUCUAUCAAUGAAUGCACUCUUCGGUGCAAUCCCUGAAAGCUUAUCCAAUUUGUACUCAUUGAACUUCCUGAAUUUGUCACACAAUAAACUUUCAGGGCCAAUACCAUCAGGAAAUCAACUUCAGACCCUGACCGAUCCAUCCAUCUAUGAAGGAAACAGUGGACUCUAUGGCAAACCACUCCCAAACAACUGCUGGGAACACAAAUUGCCUACCAAAAAUGGGCCUAUUGAUGAGGAUGAAGGCCACAGUGAAUCUGAUUGGUCUUGGUUUUAUGCUGGAAUAGGACCAGGUUUUGCUGUCGGGCUCUUGGGAGUUUUGGGAAUCCUUCUCUUCAAGAAGUCAUGGUGCCAUGCAUACUUCAAGUUUAUAGAAAGUGCCUGUGACAAAAUCUAG